ACUUUUAUAAACCCUGGUUAAGGCAGGACUCUGUGAGCAGAAUUAGUUUGAUGUUUUGAGUUGAAACAGUCAUGAUGGAUGGUUUCAAACUUGUGUUUUGUGUGUUGUUGUGUCACAACGUUUUACUCAAAGGGCAAACAUCUCCUGUGAUACAAGCGGCCCUAGAUGCUGAUGAUACGCAAGUGCCUUUGGAGGGUAAAGGUAAUCAACUGCCUUUUCCUUACCAAGUGAACAACAACAAUCCAAGACCAGUGGUAGCUGAGUGCAACAUGGCUGUUCUCUUGUCUUUAAAGAAUGCUUCUGGGCUAGUUUUUCAAGAAGGUAUUGAAGAGGCAGUGUUGCCAGGCCACCCCACGCCCCAGCCUGAGAAGUCCAGCUAUGGCCACACUGAGCCACAUCAGGAGGAAUCCAGCUAUUUCCACCAUGAGCCCCAGCCUGAGAACCCCAGCUCCAGCAAGCCCCAGCCAAAGGAGCCCAGUUCUGGCCACCUUGAGCCUCAUCAGGAGAAGCCAAUCUCCGGCCACCCCGACCCCCAGCCUGAGGAGCCCGGCUCCGGCCACCCCGACCCCCAGCCUGCAGAACCUGGCUCUGGCCACCUUGAGUCUCACCCUGAGAAGCCCAUCUCUGGACACCUUGAACCUCAUCAGGAGGAUUCGAGCUCUUUUUACCAUGAGCCCCAGCCUGAGGAGCCCAGCUCUGGCUACAACGAGACCCAGCCUGAGAAGCCCAGCUCUGCCCUCCUUGAGCCUCAUCAGAAGGAUUCCAGCUCAGGACACUUUGAGCCCCAGUCUGAGAAGCCCAGUUCUGGCCACAACACCCAGCAUGAGAAGCCCAGCACCGACAAAACAGAGCCACAGCCUAAGGAGCCCAGCUCCAGCCACCCAGAGCCCCAGCCUGAGAAGCCCAACUAUGGCCUCCCUGAGGAUUCCAGCUCUACCCACAUUGAGCCUCAUCAGGAGAAUUCUAGCUCUGGACACAUCGAGCCCCAGUCUGAGAAGCCCAGCUCCAUCCACCCUGAGCCACAUCAGACGGAGCUCAGCUCUGGCAACCCUGAGCCCCAGCCUGAGAAGCCUGGCUAUGGCCUCCCGGAGCCCCAGCCUGAGGAGCCUGGCUCCAGCCACCUUAAGCCUCAUCAGGAGGAUUCCAGCUCUGAACACAACGACACCCAGCAUGAGAAGUCCAGCACCGACAAAACAGAGCCACAGCUUAAGGAGUCCAGCUCUGGCCACAAUGACACCCAGCCUGAGGAGUCCAGCUCUGGCCACAAUGACACCCAGCCUGAGGAGUCCAGCUCUGAACACAACGACACCCAGCAUGAGAAGUCCAGCACCGACAAAACAGAGCCACAGCUUAAGGAGUCCAGCUCUGGCCACAAUGACACCCAGCCUGAGGAGUCCAGCCCUGGCAACCCUAAGCCCCAGCCUGAGAAGCCUGGCUAUGGCCUCCCCGAGCCCCAGCCUGAGGGGCCUGGUUCCAGCCACCUUAAGCCUCAUCAGGAGGAUUCCAGCUCUGGCCACAACGACACCCAGCCUGAGGAGUCCAGCCCUGGCAACCCUAAGCCCCAGCCUGAGAAGCCUGGCUAUGGCCUCCCCGAGCCCCAGCCUGAGGGGCCUGGUUCCAGCCACCUUAAGCCUCAUCAGGAGGAUUCCAGCUCUGAACACAACGACACCCAGUAUGAGAAGUCCAGCACCGAUAAAACAGAGCCACAGCUUAAGGAGUCCAGCUCUGGCCACAAUGACACCCAGCCUGAGGAGUCCAGCUCUGGCCACAAUGACACCCAGCCUGAGGAGUCCAGCUCUGGCCACAAUGACACCCAGCCUGAGGAGUCCAGCUCUGGCCACAAUGACACCCAGCCUGAGGAGUCCAGCUCUGGCCACAACGACACCCAGCCUGAGGAGUCCAGCCCUGGCAACCCUAAGCCCCAGCCUGAGAAGCCUGGCUAUGGCCUCCCCGAGCCCCAGCCUGAGGAGCCUGGCUCUGGCCACCAUAUGCCCCCGCCUGAGGAGCCCGGCUCUGGCCACCACGAGCCUCAUGAGGUUUCCAGCUCCUUCCACCCUGAACCCCAUCUAGAAGAGAGCGGCUACAAGAAGCCUGAGGAGUCCAUCUCCGAGCCCCAUUCGUAGCUGGAGGAGCCCAACUCUGGCCCCCCUGAGCCUAGUCCCCAGCUGGAAGAGCCCAGCUCUCACCAGCCCAAGCACCAGCCUAAAGAGUACAACUCUAGCCAGCUGCCUUUUAUCCCCUGCACGUUUCAACCAAAAUUGCCUAAUUCUGUUAUUUUAGACUCUUGUGGCUUACCGUUGACCCCAAUAAACCAGUUUUCUCUGGA